ACCGAGGUGGCGGUUACUUGUGCUUUGACAUGCGUUUCAGUGCUAAGAUGAAAGGGUUUUUGUGAUGCUGACAUUCUUGCACAGGUUGUUCUCACCAAGACUAUUCGUACAAGGCAUGCAUUUGAAUUGUCAAGUGUGUUUCACAAUGCAAGAAACACAAAUCACUGAAACGAGGUCAAGUGCACACAAAGGCGGAUUGUGUACAUGCUUGGUCUGAAAAUCGUGCGUAAAUUCAAGUUGGAGUCGAGGAAUUGUCUGUGGCCACACCGGUUUUUCACGAAGCACCGACAUUGCUGUAAUGUUCAUCCCACAAUCGUUUAAUACAAACCUAGUACUGCAGCACACCCUCAAAGAUGCAAGUAGUGCCAUCAUUAGACUUGAAGGUGACAGAUCUACACCGGAGGUCGUGGUGGACAGGAAGCUUGGUGAAGGGGGCUAUAAUGAAGUUUUUUUGAUAUCUUGGCUCUCGGGCUGGGACGACUCCACAGGAUCCAAGUCUUUCGCUUUACGUAUUCCGAAACCAGACACUCUCCUGCCUCAUCAGCUAUUAAACGAGGUCGCUUCCAUAUCCUUGGUAUCUGCACGUUGUCCCAACAUUCCAGUCCCCAAGACAUACGCAUUCAGCGCUGACGGACCGAAUCCAUUCAUCGCUCAAGAAUAUAUCGAUGGCGAACCUUUGAGUACUAUAUGGAAUCGCUAUACCGAGACGGAGAAGCAUUCAGUCGCCCUGAAGAUCGCUGAGAUAAUUGUUGAUAUGGCGCAGACACGUUUCAGUGCUAUAGGCGGGUUUGCCAGUCCCACAAGUUAUACCCUUGGACCGACUGUAGAGGGAAGCAAGUUCUUCAAGGGACGCAGCAAAUUUCACUCCAAUAGAUGCUACCCCAUCGGCCCAUACAAAACCACAAAGGAAUACAUUCUCGCUUGCUACGACAAAGAGAUAUACUAUUAUACCCAUGCUCCCACGUCCGAUAUCGAUUCGGAUCUUUUCGAAAUCACGUCCGUCGAAAAUUUUGUACUGCAGCUACGAGAUGAGAAGCGUCAGCUAGAGAUCAACUUUGUCGCCGAAGACGAACCAUUCGUGCUCGUGCAUGGAGACUUUCACGGUCGGAAUAUCAUCAUGCACGGUACGCAGGUACAAGCUGUCCUCGAUUGGGAGUUUGCAGGUGCAUAUCCUUUGGGUGAGCUGUUAGGAGGGAUGGGAGUCGAUGUCGUGGAAAUCGAGGACGAAGAAUCAGAACAGGAGAAUGUACUUUGGAGCAGGGAGAUUAUGCGCAGGGUCGAAGAGACGGCGAGACAGAGAGGAUGGGAUGAGAAGGAGCUAACGCUGUUAUUGGGCGAUGGAGAUCCUGUCUUGGGUAAAGCAAGGACAGAAAUGUUCCCCGCUGUGUACUGAAUAAUGCGCUGGGUAGGUUCUUUUCUUUGUAACUUUCAUUAGUUUUGUUACGAAUCAGAAGCCGCGGUUCAUCACCUCAUCACUAGAACGGUUGUGAGUGAUCAAUUUGUUCUAACGGUGAGUGCUGAAAUUUGA